AUGCCGUCCCUAACAACUACGUCCCUGGACAAUGCCUACCGUGCCCUUCUCAAGCGAGGCCGCUUGUCGCAAAAUCCCUCCCAAGCGUCCCUGAUCAACCGUCUCUCCACCAUUCAAACCGGCCUGGACUCCGACACCGCGAAAACACCCACAGGCCUCUACAUCCACGGCUCGGUCGGAACAGGAAAAUCCUAUCUGGCAUCGUUGUUCACGUCGACUCUUCCCUCACACAUCUCCCGUCGGCGAGCGCAUUUCCAUGAGUUCAUGUUGGACGUGCAUUCCCGCCUGCAUCUCGCUCGCUCUGCCGCACCGAAAUAUGGCAGUGUAGACCCUCUGCCGGUCAUUGGACGACAAAUCCAUGCAGAGAGCAGAGUCUUGUGCUUCGAUGAGUUCCAGGUUACGGAUAUUGCUGAUGCGAUGAUUUUGCAACGGCUGAUGGGUGCAUUUUGGGCGGCUGGAGGUGUCAUGGUUGCCACAAGUAAUAGAGAGCCAGAGAAGUUGUACGAGGAUGGGCUGAACAGGGAGUUGUUUCUGCCAUUUAUCGCCAUGUUGAAAUACAGAUGCGAGACUUGGGUGCUGGGAGGAGAGCAAGAUUAUAGAUUGGCGGAUGAGGAGGGUGCGGAGAGGAGAACGGUCUUCUUCACUGACCAUGCGGAGUUCCAGAGGAGUCUUGAUACCGCGACCAAAGGACAGGAGCUGAUACCUUACGAGAUUCCGGUCAUGAUGGGUAGAAAACUGCAAGUCAUGGCCGUCCAAUCAGGA